AUGAGGCCUUUUGAUAGUGGUCACGAAGAUCUGGUCCAUGACGUUGCAUACGACUUCUAUGGAAGACAUCUAGCCACUUGCUCGUCCGAUCAACAUAUCAAGGUGUUCAGACUGGAUAAGGAAACCAACGAUUGGGUUUUAAGUGAUUCUUGGAAGGCUCAUGACAGUAGCAUUGUGGCUGUAGAUUGGGCAAACCCUGAGUAUGGCCGUUUGAUUGUCAGUGCCUCCUAUGACAAGACUAUCAAGAUAUGGGAAGAAGAUCCCGAUCAAGAAGAGUGUUCUGGCCGUCGUUGGACCAAACUAUGUACUUUGAAUGACUCCAAAGGCUCUAUUUACAGUGUUAAAUUUGCUCCAUCGCAUCUAGGUUUAAGAUUGGCUAGUAUUGGUAACGAUGGUAUCAUACGUAUAUAUGAGUCAUUGGACCCUGCAGACUUGAGAUCCUGGAGUCUCACCACAACAGUGAAAGUGCUGAGCGUAGCGCCAGCUAGUCAUUUGCAAAGUGACUUCUGUCUGUCAUGGUGUCCUUCUAAAUUUCAAAGUGAGAAACUAGCAGUAUGCGUAUUGGACCAAGGAAUGAUCUAUCAACGUAACCCAGCCGACAGCAAGUUGCAAGUAGUUGGAAAACUGGCUGGACACACGGGCCUGAUCCGUAGUGUCAGUUGGGCCCCAUCUAUUGGACGUAAUUAUCAACUAGUAGCCACGGGAUGCAAGGAUGGCAAAGUACGUAUAUACAAAAUCACAGAGCCGGAACUAGAUGCGUCAGACUCGUCAACAUCGGAACCGCUGACUAGAGAGGACACUCCGAUCUCCACGAACUCUGGUUCAGCUGCACUGAGAGCCAGCACCACAUCUGUCACAACACCAAAAAGCACGUUGCCUGCAUUGAAAAUCGAACUCAUCAGCGAACAUGAAGACCACAACGGUGAAGAAGUAUGGUCUGUCUCAUGGAACUUAACAGGAACCAUCCUAAGCAGUGCAGGUGGAGACGGCAAAGUCAGACUCUGGAAGUCCACUUACUCAAACGAUUUCAGAUGUAUGAGCAUAAUCUCAGCACAACAGUAA